AUGGGGACGGCCGAUGUUGAGAAGCCCCCGGAUUCGCCCACGGAGCCUCCCGGUGGACCCCCCGGCGGACCCCCCGGCGCAGGCGACAACGACUUGUUCAAGCCCAAGAGCUUCCGCUUCUGGCUGACGCUGUUAUGCAACUUCCUCGCCCUUUUCCUCGUCGCUCUGGACCGCACCAUCCUCGCCACGGCCGUGCCGCGCAUCUCGGACGAGUUCCACGCCCUCGGGGACAUUGGCUGGUAUGGCUCCUCGUACAUGCUGACGACGGCCUGUGCACAACUGAUCUUCGGCCGCAUCUACAAGUUCUACGACAUGAAAUGGACCUUCCUGUUGAGUACCAUUGUGUUUGAGAUCGGCUCGGCCAUCUGCGGCGCCGCUCCGAACUCGACCGUGUUCAUCCUUGGUCGUGCCAUUGCCGGGUUGGGAUCGGCCGGCAUCUUCUCGGGCUCCUUGCUGAUCAUGAUCCCCAUGAUCCCCCUCCACCGCCGACCCGCCUUCCAGGGCAUGUUCGGCAUGGUAUUUGGCAUCGCCUCGGUCAUGGGGCCCCUGAUUGGCGGCGGCUUUACCGGCGCAGCAACCUGGCGCUGGUGCUUCUAUAUCAACCUCCCCAUCGGGGCCGUGGCCUUGGUCUUUAUGAUAUUCUUCUGGAAUCCGCCCAAGGAGCGGCGCGAGCCGGCUAGGUUCAUGGUCCAUGUCAAGCGCCUGGAUCCUCUGGGCAUGUUCUUCUUCCUCCCGGGCGUUGUCUGUCUGUUCAUCGCCUUUCAGUGGGGCGGCUCGACGUAUCCGUGGGAUUCAUGGCACAUCAUCCUGCUGCUUUCCGUCUUUGCGGUUUGUACCGUAGCCUUCAUCGCUAUCGAGAUUCUCAAGCCCGAGACGGCCUCUGUCCCGGCACGGGUGAUAACGCAGCGGAGCGUCGCAUGCGGCACGGCCUUUACCUUUUUCCUGGCAGGCUCCAUGCUGAUGCUGGUGUACUACGUUCCCAUCUGGUUCCAAACCGUCAAGCUGGCCGAUCCCAUGAAAUCCGGCAUCUACACCCUACCACUCGUUCUCAGCCUCGUUUUCUCGAGCAUCCUAUCCGGCAUCAUCACCCAGAAAAUCGGCUACUACGUCCCCUCGAUGCUCGCCGCACCGUCAAUCAUGUCCAUCGGCGAGGGCCUCCUCAGCACGCUCAAUCGCGACAGCCCGACGGCGCACUGGGUCGUCUUCCAGUUCCUGUCGGGCUUCGGCCUGGGGUUUGGCAUGCAGACGUCCGGACUCGCAAUCCAGACGGUGCUGCCCAAGGAGGACGUCAGCACGGGCAUCGCCAUCAACUUCUUCGUGCAGCAGCUCGGCGGCGCCGUUUUCACGUCUGUGGGGCAGACCAUCCUGACCAACCUGCUCGUCUCCAAGCUGUCCGUGGUACCCGGGUUCAACCCAAAGAACAUCGUCAGCGAGGGCGCAACCAAGCUCUCGGCUAUUGCGCCUCCCGAGUUUGAGGGCGCCGUGGUGGAGGCGUACGAAUACGCCUGCCGGCACAUCUUUCUGGCUGCCAUGGCGCUCGCCUUUGCAUCGCUGUUGUGUGCGCUUGGCAUGGAGUGGCGCAGCAUCAAGAAGGAUAAGCCCGGACCCGGCCCCCCGCCGCCCGGCCCGGUCGGAAACCCCGGGAAUGCCGGGCCGAGCGUCGCCCCAUCGACCGCCUCCGCUACCGCCUCGGUACGCGGGAGCACCGCCGAGCUGCCGGCCGCGGACAUUCCGUCAGCGGGGAAGCCAUUCUUUGAAGGGAGAGUGAAGAAGUAG